ACCAUUGGCAACAUAUAAAACCCUCCUUAGCUUAAACAUGUAUAAACUACUCAAAUUAAAUGCAUUUAGCUGAAUAAUAAUCAAGCGCCAUAGUUUUAGCACUCAAAAUAGAUAAUGUUUAGAGUAUGCUAAUUCGUUUCAAUUUUAUAUAUAAAAGCAAUAUCGUUUUCCAAUGUAUUGUAUUUUCAUGUCGCAGUUGAUUUGAUAAUUGAGGACAACUCUCAUGAUGUCGAUUUUUUGGCUGAUCAAGUGCAAACUUGUUGGUGAAGGUUAUAGGCAAUACAAAUGUCUGACGAUCGCCAUCGUCAUCUUAUCAAGAUCGUCUACAAUGUUUCCCUAAUGCAAGAAACAAUUGCAUAAAUAUUAUGGUUUCGACGAUAAAGCAGAAGUUGUUUAAUCUUAUGAAACGAGGGGUCAUAUUAUCCUUCAACUGUUUUCGAGGCUUUAAAUAUCAAACGUUAUAUUCUUCGUUAUUUAAGUGUCGUUGUUGCGUUGAUUUUAAGUUUGAAUGAUGGUUUCGAUUACAUAUAGAUAUCCGAUUUUUUUCAUUUAUUGUUAAUUACGGCCCAUACACACUGUAAAGGUCAUUAGGGCUACAAAGCAUAUUAUGUUCAAAAUGUAAAAAAUAUAUUGGUACACUCACACAUCAAUAUGAAAAUUUGACUAAGAUUAUUCAUAUCUUUUGGUAUAACCAAACUGUUUUUAGAUGUUCGUGUACAUGUUUACAGUGUUGAAAAGAAGUCUUAGAAAUGUUAUGCUGUUAUAGAAACUUUCUGAUGUAGGUUGUGAUAGAAUCAAUACAAUCGAAUUACAAGUGUUUAACUGUAAAUGGUACAUUGCAUGCACUGCGGCUUGCUAUAACGCUUCAAUAAAUAGGAAUAUGUUAUAUAUGUAUGGUCUAUCCGAAGACAGCCUCGUCUCAGCGACUGUCUCUGUGGCAAGAAGACUAUUCACCGAUAAUUUCUUUGAUUGAGUGUAAUUUGUUAUCUACAUAUUGACCCAAUUCAUUUUGUCAUUGUGAUAAUAAACAAAUGUUACAAAUAGUUUAUAAAUCGAUAAAAUAAAGUUUAAAGUCAGUUGGUGGAAGUGAAAAUGCCGCCAUUGCGGCGUGAUCUGCUUUUUCAUUACCAGGUAUUCCCCGUUUGUCCAGGAACCCAGCGAAAUAUAUCAUGACAACUUGAAGAAAGGUUAUAAAAUAAAAUGGAUAUUUUUUUCUAAAAAAUAUAUAUUGUCUAGAAUUUAGGUUUAACAUACUUAUUGGCACGACACUGACGAUCUUUGAUCAAUCUAACUACUUGGUGACGUCAUAUUGAACGUUUUUAGCUCACUCUUCCUGGUAAGGAUAUCCCAAACAUAAUGAAGACCAAGUACGUAAAUCCAUUAUCCAUACCAGUAAUCAGUCAUGCUUAAACUUAUGGGAUUGUUGCAUGUGCACGAAUCAUUUUAUUGGACUAAAAGAACACAAAUACAACAAUACAUGUUAUUUCUUCAUAAGGAGGAGUUAAUUUUGGAUUUGUUGUAACUAAGUCAAUUUGAGUUUCAGAAUUAAAAAUCGUGUAUUCAUGUAUCAAUGAUGUUAAACAGACCACAGUAUGGUUGUCACGAAAGCGCGGAAUAAUAAAUUACAGCAGUUCCACGAGAAUGCCCAUACUGAUAAUACGUUGUUCAGUCAGUUUAUAUAUUAUAACACAGCGAGAGUGGCUACACGCUCCGCAUCACUAUCGAACGCAAGCGUACAAGGUUAAUUUUUAGUUUCUUUUAAUUUUUAAUGUAAAUAGGUCGAUAUCAUUGGGCGUUUGCGUACACAAUAGAGUAUACCCAUCUAUAUGGUAGGUUGUAAGUUCAUAAUAGGCUGCAAAAGGAUAGCUGCUCCCGGAAUAUCAGCCUAAAUCACCUCACAUUUACCUUACGGGAUAAUGUUUCGUCAUUGUUGGCAUUGGUGUUGAAUCCAAGGAUUUUAGAGACAGCCAUCGUAUCUAACCGGCGAAACCCCAUGUAAUGGCAAAUAUAUCGUGACAGGGCUGAUAUUCGUAGAUUGGUUAUUAGUGUUGCUGGAAAUUUAGCGCAUUUUACUGCAUAUAACGAUAUACCACCAUGACGCAGGACGAGACGCCCAGCAUGAAUAUGACGGAGAACGUUGAUGACGCCGUUUUCAAGUACCUCAGCGCUAGCGAGAUGUCUUCAGAUCUAAGGAACGCAGUCAUGAACUUGUUCAUGGAGUUGUUCGAGAAGGAGGCGAACGAGACUGUCGGGAUUCUGGGGGAGAGCCGGUUGUUGUUCAAGGCCGAACUCACAGACUAUCACCUGGAACAGGAGACGCUCAAACUCGAGGCGCGCAUGCAUGAGGAAAGAAGGCAACAAGAGGAACUAGAGUUGCAGCAAAAAUUCCGUCAAUCUAAGAUGAGAUCGGCCUCGAGUAUGGAGGAGGAACAGAUGGGACCAAAAAUUAGAACAUUGGCACAGAUACGCAAUGAGCGAUCGCACAGCCGCGCGCAGAGCCGAAACGACCGCAGUUCAAGUUCUGCUAGCUUCCGGAACACUGACAGGCCUCUUAGUUCAAUGAGCCGACAGAGUGAUAGACCGAUGUCUAGAGGUAGACCAGAAUCUAAAAUUAACCGGCCAAUCUCAAGGGCCCACUCUGAUAGUCCGCGUCCAUUUAGUACGACAGCUUCGGGGGAGCCUGCUAUUUCUCAGGAUCAAUUGAAACAAGAAUCAGAUGCCAUUCUAUCGGGAAUGCAUGCUGCUGAGAACAAACAAAUGCAAGAAAAGAAACGACAGCAGGAGGAGUUACAAAAGCGAAAGGAAGAGAAAAUAGCCGCCCGCAAUGACCUUCAAAACCAGGCCAAGGUCAUUCUGGACCGCGCCGUAGAAGUAGCCCAAGCAAAUACUUCCAACAAGGAGAAGGUGGAUCUGCAGCUCCAGGCUCGGUUAGAUGAUUUGAAGAGAAGGAAGCUGAAACUCCGUGACGAUCAUCCAGAAGAUGAUGACCUUGAAGAGAUCAGCGUAUAAUAUCAAACAACAUCUGUACAAAUUAUACAUGAUUUUCCCGGUAAUAUAUACAUCCAUUACAAGCACGUGGCCAUCAAACGUGCAAUCCUUGCUUACAUAUGCAUGCACACAUUAACAGAUGUACGUGAAUAAGGCCGUCGUCGACAAGCUCCUACACCAAGUCACUAAUGGACAAAUACUUUCAUCUUGCAAUGGUGGCCUUAAAUGUGUAGCCAAUUAAUUUAUUUUGUAAUGCUUUCUCCAUCAACAUUGAUAACUGGAUCUGAGGUUAUAUUUAUGAGUUAAAUCAGUUGAUAUUAUUGAUGGAACUAUUGUAAACACUUUGUACAGUGCAUAUAUAUCAGUUUUCUUGUCACAGUUCGUUAUAGGUACAGUCUGUUUUUACUCUCAAUAUUUGUAUUAUUAUAUUUUCUCGACCUACUGAGCCUAAGUACAAUUUAUUCAUGACGUGAAGCAAAUGUGCUUACAUGUGUACGUAUGGUGUAGUGAAAGACAGACAUGUUCCUCUUAAGCGGUUUAGACGCCAAUUUCAGAUCAUUGUUAAUAAAAAUUGGUUUAAGUCAUUGAUGAAAGACUGUAAAUGGUAUUUUUCCCCUUUGAAACUGUUAUUUUGUUUGUUUUCUUUAAAUGAUGCUUUCAUCGUUUUGUUUAGAUGUAUUUUAAGAUUAAGGCAUUAUUCAUUUGCAUGACGAAGGGGAUUCAUAAAAGCUUAUAACUAAUUAUGUCCCUGAAUAAACCGUUGAAUGUAUGUCUGCAUUCCUAAAAACCUUCAGGGCCCAGUUGUUCAAAAGGUGAUUAGCGUUAUCACUUGACUGGGGAAAAUGUCAUUUCUCUGUUACGGUGUACUUCAAAACCUGCGUGUGUGUAUUUCGUAAAAUAGCCAGGUAGGAAGAGACUGGAGAGUGUUAUAGUUUAUUAAGAUUAUGUCAAUUUAGUUUUAACAGAAUUUUUUGUAUUAGGAGUUUAAAAUUGUUUGAUUGUGAUUAGGCUUAGUACCUGUUGAACAGCUGGGCCCAUUUGAGGCAUUUUAUUGACACACAUUACAAUGUAGUUUGAUCGACUAAUAUAUUUAGCAUGAACAACAAAUAACAAAGUUGGAAGAAAUAUGUUCUAUCAUAAUGUGAAAAUUCAGAUUGAAGGGGAUUUAAGUAUAAUUGUAUACUGUAAGGCAGAACAGAUACAAUUAGAAAUUGUCCGAUGUUAUGAUAGAGUAAUUGGAAGAUAGAGACCCACUUUGUCGUCUGUGAAAAUGUCCGUGUAUGUACCCCUUGUAUAGGACGAGUUGGAUAGAAGGUCGCUCAAUGACAUCAGCGCUUUAUGAUGAAUGGAACCGUAUACCAAUGAUCAAUACCCUGAUCAGUUCAUUGCACAAAAGAGUCCGUGCAACAACUGCAGCUUAUAGAGGCCACUCAUGAUAUUGAUGGGCCCAGAACUCUAUUCAUUUUGAGAGUGGUAUCCUCCGAUCAACCUGAAAUUUGAUGAGGGUACUAUAAGUGAUGGAUGAUUUUUUAUCAGACGACGGAGUGGUUUCCUGUAUCGUUCAUUUACCACAUUAUUACAUUCUAUUGUAUCUUUUUUCUCGUAGUAAACAAGGAAAUUUCUCAUUGCGUUUUUUCCUUUUUCUUUCUGUAUAUUUAUUUGCUGAACAUUUACUGUUAUUCAUUGAAGUAAAUAAACUAGAACAAAAACCUA